AUGUUCCUAACUCUAUUGGUUGCUACAGAAGCUGCUUCCAGAUUCCCAAAGAACGGAAGGGUUGUGUCCAGUUACUGGAGCCACCACUUCAAUCUUGGACAUCUACAAAGAUCAACUUCUUUACUAGAAUCUAUUCUUGCAUAUAAGUUGAAUGUUAGUCAUUUAGACUUCAAAGCAGCUCAUACAACCUCUUCAACCUACAACAUAGCUCCUACUUCCACAGUGGCAAACCCACCUUCUCUCCUCUCAUGGCCACCACAUCCAUCAACGCCUUUCUCCUCCGCCGCGUCCACCGUCCCUGAUCACUCCUCCACCGUUUCUGCUGCUGGAAUCAGUUCUCCAGACUACAUGCUAGGCUUCAGAAACACCAUCUUCUUACCACCACCACCACCGUCGCAGAUUACACAGCCAACGCCGGUAAACUUCUCGGCGGUGGAAGAGAACAACAAGUCGUCGAGGAACAGUGAUGUCGAAGAGAAAGUGUGUAAAGAUUGUGGGAACAGAGCGAAGAAAGAGUGUCUGUUCGAAAGAUGUCGGACUUGUUGCAAAAGCAGAGGUUACAACUGUUCCACUCACGUGAAGAGCACGUGGCUUCCUUCUUCUCAUCAUCGCUCCGCAAGCCGCUCUUCUUCUUCGUCUUCCGACAGGAACAAGAGGCUCAAAAUCGAUCCUUCCGUCAAACCCAAAAGUGUCUUGAUCCUUCCGACAACCACUUCUUCUCGUCAAGAGACAAGCUUCAAAGAAGGGUUACCGGGUAAAAUCGAAGCUCCGGCGGUUUUUAAAAGGAUAAGAGUAACAGCGGUAAGCAACAACGAACAAGCAGAGAUCUGUUAUCAAGCGACUGUAACCAUAAGUGGUCAUGUCUUUAAAGGCUUUCUUCAUUACUAUGGUGUUGAUCACAACAAAUCCUUUCCAUGUCUUUCUAAAUAAAUGAUGUAACAAGUUCAUAGGCCGUUACAUUAAAACAUUAACGAAGUUAUUUUUUAUUAUUAAGGGUCCAGGAGUCAUAUAACAUUAUGACCAAGAGAUAAGGGGAAUGGUUUGAGAUGUCACCAUAUUUUAGGUCACCUUCCAUGCGAAAUUAAAUCACAUUUUCUUAGUCAACUUAUUCGGAUAGACCCGGGUUUAAACAUUUUUAGUGCAAAAUAAAAGAAUCUAUAACAUUAACGCGUCAUUACUUUUAUUUCUGUAAUGUGUGUGUAUACAAAGUAAAUAGAUUACUAGUAGAUGUUUUUUUGUUAGCAAGUGAGGUUGUUUCCGGGGUCAACACCCAACUGACGACAAUAAUCGGUGUAGUAGCGAACUCUAGCUUGAACCGUGGCUGAGUUGGCUCCAUCGCAUUCCAAAGCGCCGUUGAUGGCGCGGAUCGUUGCACCAAAGCCUUGUGAGAUAACAGGCUGAACUCUGUUGGUCCAGUACCAUAAGGCGGUCUUGAAGGAUAUGACCGGAUCCGUGGCUACUGUUUCUGGUACGUUAAGACCGUCGAAACCAAUCGCGGUUCCCGCUGGCCCGUAGUUGAAGUUCCAAGAGAGUUGGAUCGGUCCUCGCCCAUAAUAGCCUUUGUUGGGAUUACAUGGAUACUGCGUUGCGUUCUCGUCGCAAUAAUCCUUUGAGGGUCCGUUUAUUUCUUCGAUGUAGCAAAAAUCUGAAACAAACGAUCAAAGUUUUUUUUAUCAAUACAACAAAACAAAUUUGAUCAAUGAUAAUUAUGAUAUAACCAAUAGGUUAAGGGCAAAGAACUAUCAAAUUUAGUCCAAAAUAAUAGAAGUUAACGUAUGAUGUUUGCAUCAUCCUAGAGAAUAUUCAUUAAUGUAUCAUAAGUUACUUACGUCCAGUUUCAUGUGUGACAUGGGCAAAGAAGGCUGCGAUCUCACGUCUAGAAUCAUCGACCGAACCAAUCCUACCGAAACGAGAAUAUAACUCUAAGGCCUCAAGAAAAGCUCCUCGGCUGUAAAAUCCUUUGCCAGCGCAACUAGACUCAGCUUGGUCGAUGAUUCCAUUGAAGAAUUCUUGUGUGACAAUCUCAUCAACCGAGACACCGUUCGCAGGUGGAGGGGCAAAACAAGGUCCUUGUUGACAGCCUACACCACAAUAGUCUGAAGUGUUACCGCAGAAACCGAACUGGCUACAGCAUAGGUCUGACGAACAACCACAGUUUUGAGCCUUUGUUGUAGAAGAGAAAGCUUGUAGAACUAAUAGAAUGGUUAGUAUAAUGAUGGGUUUAGAAAUAGCGUGAGUCAAC